AUGACAUAUAUGAUUGAGAGAGUAGUCGCUUCCUUUUCAUUCGGAAUUUAGCCUAUCAUGUAUGCGACGACGUCAGCCUAAGGCAGCAAGGCAGCGGCUAUGCUGAAAAGUACGCGGGCGGCGCGCUCCCAGCCUCCUUUAGUGUGGCCCAAACGUUUUUCCGGCCCGGCCACCGCAGACGGCAGACCAAUAGGCGCGGCGCCAGCAGCCAGAAGCGGCUUCUUUGCCCUGCAGUGCAGCGGCACUCCCGCCCAGGUAUCGCCUUCCCUUCCCCCCCCAAAUUCACUUAUUCCAUCCCGGCAGAUCCACCACUUUCCACCUUUAUCCUGCCUGCCCAACCUUCUUCGAUCUGCCCUCUCUCUGUGUCUCGCUCUAUCAGCCUGCCUCCAUCUCAACCACCGGGGUGCAAUUUACUUCCCUGAGGGCUCUCAUUUGUUCACUUCUCUUCCCUUCACUCCGCCCUGUCGUGCUCGCUAUUUUUGGCCCGCCGCUCAGCCCAGCCCAGCGUUGGUCGUCGAUAUCGGUCGGUGCUGUGCCACUAGUUAUAGUUGGAUUGCCUCCUGUCUCUUCUCUUAAGCGCCCGUUGCCGUAUCCGGAUCAUCAACCAGCGUGCGCCUCGCGCUCUCUUUUCUCCCCUCUGGUCAUUGACUGUCCACCUCGCAAUCGUCCAUCACGCUGCUGUGGUCUCCGUUCGUCGUCCCGCCUGGUGCUACGUCCCUUUCUCGUAACAAUCCCGGGUCACCGCCUCGCCACCGCUCACCGAAACGCCUUUUUUCUCGCGUGAUCUCCAUUUGUCUUUGUGCUCUGGACCCCUCCUAUCUACUACUACGUUGCGCUU